UUCUUUCCGGCUGGUGCGCCAUCAAGUAAAUAAACAUGGGAGCCUACAGGUAUAUGCAGGAGCUGUGGCGCAAGAAGCAGUCUGAUGUGAUGCGCUUCCUGCUCCGGGUCCGCUGCUGGCAGUACCGACAGCUGUCCAACCUCCACCGCGCCCCGAGACCCACCAGGCCAGACAAGGCUCGCCGGCUGGGUUACAAGGCCAAGCAGGGGUACGUCAUUUACAGAGUCAGAGUGCGCCGUGGAGGCCGCAAACGCCCUGUCCCCAAGGGAGCCACCUACGGCAAGCCGGUGCAUCACGGCGUGAACCAGCUGAAAUUCGCCCGCAGUCUGCAGUCCACCGCUGAGGAGCGCGCCGGCCGUCACUGCGGAGCCCUGCGCGUCCUCAACUCUUACUGGGUGGGCGAGGACUCCACCUACAAGUUCUUCGAGGUGAUUCUGAUCGACCCGUCCCACAAGGCCGUCAGACGGAACCCGGACACCCAGUGGAUCACCAAGGCCGUGCACAAGCACAGAGAGAUGCGCGGCCUGACGUCCGCCGGCAAGAAGAGCCGCGGCCUGGGCAAGGGUCACAAGUUCCACCUGACCAUCGGAGGCUCCCGCCGCGCCGCCUGGAAGAGGCGCAACACCCUGCAGCUGCGCCGCUACCGCUAAGCCCCGCCCCCGUCUGUGUUGAUCCAAUAAAAACAGGCCUUCUAUGGCA